CCAACUUCUCGCUCUCUCUCUCUUCACUCUCCCCCAAAAACAAAACCAAGCUGAGAUCGCCAGUGCACUGAGAGAAGAAAUGGGGAGUUUAAAGCCAAGGUUGAAAGCAGUCGAAGCAACGGAGAUCUUAAAAUUCGAUGCGAUUUUAUGUCUUUUUCAAAGACGCUUAGUUUUGCCAAAAACUUAGUUCGAAUUGCGGUACAUGGACCUCAAAAUUGGAAAGCAUCAUCAUCUCCAACUCCGGCAGCAUCGGAUAUACACGUAUAUAUAUAUAUAUAUAUACUGCGGCAGCAGGAAAAUGAUUAGCUGCCAACGGCAAACAUUGUUUUGCUGCAACUUAUUGUUGGCUACCAAAAGAGCCAUGACUCUUUCGAAUGCAAUGCCCCUCAUUACAAUACUGCUGGUGGCUUUAAGCACAGCUGGAAAUUGCCAAAUUUGCGGUCCGCCGGCGGUGCCGCUGAAUGCCAAGGUGCGAACCGUCACCGCCGACUCGCAAAUUGCGGAGGCGCACUACGAAUGCGACGCCGGCUACGAGCUGUUCGGCUCCCCAACGGUGAGAUGUGACCCCCAGAGGGGCUGGGAGCGGGAGCUGCCCUUCUGCGGGGUCAACGUCGCCUACCGCAAGCCGGUCAACCAGAGCUCCUACACGCGGAGCGGUCCUGCCAGCUACGCCAACGAUGGCAAGCCGGGGAAUAAGAAUCCGGACGGGCAGGAGUGCUCGGAGACGCAGAAGGAGCCGUCGCCGUGGUGGCGCGUUGACCUCUUGACCCCGCAGGCGGUGCACGUGGUGCGGAUCACGACACGCGGCUGCUGCGGCCACCAACCGCUGCAGGAUCUGGAGAUCCGGGUGGGGAACAGCAGUGCGGACCUGCAGCGGAAUCCGCUGUGUGCCUGGUAUCCGGGAACCCUGGACGAGGGCGUUGUGAAGACCUUCACCUGCGCCCGUCCGCUGAUUGGACAGUUCGUGGCCAUCCAGUUGGUGGGGGUGGAGGGAAGCCUGAGCCUCUGCGAGGUGGAGACCUUCACCAACGACGAGUUCUCCGUGGAUCGGUGUCUGAGUCCCAAACUCGGCGUGGACACCGUGGUGACGACAUUCUCGAAAACCUGCUACGACUUUCAUAUCACAAAAGGAGAAAGCUUCGACAAGGCGCAAACCAUUUGCAAGCAGACAGGUGGCGACUUGGUACACGACUUUCGGGGCGCCACCAGCCAGUACAUCCUAUCGGAGUUGGAGCGCCGGAAGAGCGAACUGAAGCCGCAGCUCGUCUGGAUCGGCGCCCAAAAGGAGCCGGGCAUCACGUCGCGUACCUGGAAGUGGGUGAACGGCGAUGUGGUGCAGAAGCCCACGUGGGGCAAGGAUCAGCCGAACAACUACAACGGGGAGCAGAACUGCGUGGUGCUCGACGGAGGACGCAAUUGGCUGUGGAACGACGUGGGCUGCAACCUGGACUACUUGCACUUCAUCUGUCAGCACUCUCCAUUGUCUUGCGGAUCGCCGGAUGCCCAGCAAAACACCACUGUCACGGGCAAAAAGUUCACCCUCGGCGAGAAGAUCCAAUACAAUUGCCCCAAGGGCCAUUCGCUGCUCGGUCAAACGGAACGCGAGUGCGGACUCGAUGGCACCUGGAGUGGUUCGGCGCCGACAUGCAAAUAUGUGGAUUGUGGCAGUUUGCCAGAACUGAAGUUCGGAUCCAUUCACAUGUCGGAGGAGCGAACGAGUUUCGGAGUGGUGGCCACCUAUAGUUGCCACGAGAAUUACACGCUAAUUGGCAAUGAGAACCGAACCUGUGCCUUAGAUGGAUGGAGUGGCAAGCAGCCGGAGUGUUUGGUGGAUUGGUGUCCAGAUCCCCAACCAAUUAGGGGAAAUGUGAAGUUCAACGACAAAAGAGCUGGAUCCACGGCCACUUAUGUUUGUGAACCGGGCUAUGUUCUCGUUGGCGAAGCGAUAAUCUCCUGCGGAUUGGGAGGCGAGUGGUCGAGUAAGACUCCCUCUUGCAGAUUCGUGGAUUGCGGAGCUCCAGCGCGACCAAAUCGGGGAAUAUCAAUCCUUCUCAACGGAACAACCACGGUUAACUCUGUGGUGAAGUACGAGUGCGACGAGGAUCACUGGCUGGAUGGCCAGUCGGAGCUCUACUGUACCCGCGAGGGCAAGUGGUCGGGGGAGGCGCCCGUCUGCGAAUUGGUCACCUGUGACACUCCGCCCGUUCCCGCGGGCUCCUUUGUCAUCGGCUACGACUACAAUGUCCACUCGAAGAUCCAGUACAACUGCGAUCCCGGUCACAUCAUGCACGGCACUCCGGUUCUCGAGUGCUUGGACAGCGGCGAGUGGAGUGCCGAUGCGCCCUACUGCGAAUAUAUCGACUGUGGUCAAAUCCUGCCCAUUCCCUUCGGCAGUCACAAGUAUGUGACCAAUACCACCUACGUGGGAUCGGAGGUGGUCUUCAGUUGUUCCCAAUCCCAUAAACUCAGUGGAGUUCUGAAGCGACAGUGCCUGGAAUCAGCGGUCUGGAGUGACACGUCGCCCAAGUGCGAAGAGAUUCGCUGCCCGGAACCAAAGUUGGCUGCCCACAGUUUGCUCUCCGUCACUGGAAACGAUCGAAUGUACGGACGCACUCUCAUUCGAACCUCCGAAUCUUCGCAAAAUGCUGCUCAAACCUACAAAAUUGGCGCUCUGGCGAAGUACCGAUGUGAACGGGGCUACAAAAUGGUUGGAGAGGCUUUGGCCACCUGCACGGACAGUGGACAAUGGAGCGGAACGAUUCCGGAGUGUGUUUAUGUGGAAUGUGGUGCUCCGGAGGGCAUCAGCAAUGGUAAGGUGGUCCUGGCCACCAAUGCCACUUACUAUGGAGCGGCGGCCCUUUACGAGUGCAAUGUGAACUUCAAACUGAACGGAGUUUCCCGCCGAUUGUGCACGGAGCACGGAAACUGGAGCCACGAGGCUCCGGAGUGCGUGGAAGUGGUCUGCGAUACGCCAAAUAUCAGCGAGAACCUGAUCGUGGAUGCCGGAACCAGAGCCGUGGGAUCCGUGGCCACUUUCAAGUGCGCCAAAGGCAGAAUCAUGAUGGGAAAUGACACGCGUGUUUGCCUGAAAAAUGGGAAAUGGGCAGGAAAAAGUCCCACUUGCAGACCUGUCGAUUGCGGACGACCUUUGGCGAUUGAAAACGGUCGAGUGAUUGUGGUUAAUGAUUCGACGUUGUACGGGGGAUCUGCGGAGUACCAUUGCAUUCCCAACUACAAUCGGAUCGGUCAGUACCUGAGGAAGUGCACCGAGGACGGAGCCUGGAGUGGAAAGCAGCCCAGGUGUGAAUUAUCCACGACAGAGGGUCACGAAUCCUCGGAAUUGGGAACGGGCGUUGGAAUUGGAGCCACAGUGAUUGUGGCUCUCCUCGUGAUUUUUGGUUUGAUUUUCCUGUAUCGCAACAAGGCGAGACCCGUGAAAAAUACGGAAAAUGUCCAGGCGGCGGAGACGAAGGACGAAAGGAAUGCGGCGGUGAUGUCCUACUCCACCUUGGAGGCAAACAAUCGAAUGCACAUGGACAACAAUCCUUCGGCGACAUUCAACACUUUUCAUGGAGGCAACACUGGUCGGAAUAAUUCCAACGGAAAUGCAGAUGCCAACAGCAACGGAGAAAGACUGAACAACAAUCGGUCGGAAAACAUUUACGAUCAAAUACCAAACGAGCAGUUUUACGAUGCUCCCUACGAAAUGCGGACAAAUGACGAGGUCUAUGAACCCGAACCGGUGGCCAGUAAUGUUAUCACCAUCAACGGGAUAUCCGUGAGAUAAAGAUAGUCCCACGAUCCGCAUAGCAGCAGCAGCAGCAGAUAAUAAUUAACGAGCGUUUAACGUUAGUUUUGUGUUAAUAACUGUACAUAUUAAUUGUUUAAGGGAGGUUUUGAGUUACUCGUAGUUUCGCCAAAAGCUAACAACUUUCGGCCGCCUUUGAUGCACACGCACCGUAGCCCCAUAUAUCUAUAUAUAGGUCUAUCUACUCUACAUACUAUAUACCCUUACUAUAUAUAAAAUUAACAUAUGUCUAAUUGAAUGUACCUACACUGCAGCCAAUGUACUGAAAUCGAAGUAGGAGUCUUUGAUCAGGAGCAAGGAUAUACAUAUAUUCUCGUAUGCUUUCGCUCGAAAUCAAACUAAACGUAUUUGUGUUUGUGUUGUUUAAAUUAUUUUUUUUUAAUUAUGUAGUAGACAGGAAGGAUAGAGAGAGAGUGAACAAUUUUAUUUUGUUAUGCAAUGUGUAAGAACUCGCCAAUGUGUGUAAAAAGCAUUAAUUUUACGAACAAUUAAACGAUUGUGGUUGACUAAUUUAUUACGAUUGAUGGACAAAA